AUGAGUUCCUCGCAGACCGGAAAGAAGAGCCUAGUGCUCAACGCCUUUGUAGAGAUGUGCAGUGGCCACCAGUCACCUGGCCUAUGGCGACACCCCGACGACCAGUCCUCGCGCUUCAACGAGAUUGAGCACUGGACCGAGCUGGCCAAGCUUCUCGAAGAGGCCAAGUUCCACGGCAUCUUCAUCGCCGAUGUUCUGGGUGGCUAUGAUGUCUACACCGGCUCCCUGGACCCGGCCGUCCGCUCUGGCGCGCAAUGGCCGGUACACGAGCCCCUGGCCGUCAUCUCUGCCAUGGCCGCAGUGACCAAGAGCAUCGGCUUCGGAGUCACCGUGUCAACGACCUAUGAGCAGCCCUACCACCUGGCCCGGAGGCUGUCCACCCUCGAUCACCUUACCAAGGGACGGAUCGGAUGGAACAUCGUCACCUCCUACCUGGACUCUGCAGCAAAGAACAUGGGUUUAGCUCAGCAACCCCAGCAUGACGACCGAUACGCUCAAGCUGAGGAGUACAUCAAGGUCAUGUACAAGCUGUUUGAGUCGUCGUGGCGAGACGACGCCGUUGCGCUCGACCGCGCGUCAGGCAUCUACACUCACCCUGACCGCGUCCGCAAGAUCAACCACAACGGCAAGUUCUUCACCGUCCCGGGCCCUCACAUCUGCUCGCCCAGCCCGCAGAGGACGCCGCUGCUGCUGCAGGCCGGUACGUCAAAGGCCGGCAAGGUGUUUGCCGCGCAGCACGCCGAGGCCAUCUUCGUCUCUGCGCAUGCGCCCCAGGUCUGCGCCAAGAGCAUCGCCGAGAUCAGGGAGCUGGCCAAGACGCAGUUUGGGCGCGAUCCCAGCAACAUCAAGGUCCUUGCCUUGGUGUGCCCGAUCCUUGGGAGGACGGAGGAGGAGGCCCAGGCCAAGUUGGCCGACUACAGGCAGUACGCCUCGCUCGAGGGAGCCCUUGCGCUGUUUGGUGGCUGGACGGGUAUUGACCUGAGCCAAUAUGGCGACGAGGAGGAAUUGCGAGAGGUGGAGAGCAACGCCGUCAAAUCUACCGUCCAAGGCUACGCCAGGUUCUCUCCUGGCACGGCCAAAUGGACCAAGCACACCAUUGCCGAGCACGUCAGCAUCGGCGGCAACGGCCCUGUGCUGGUGGGCACGGCCGAGCAGGUGGCCGACGGGCUCGAGACGUGGAUUCAAGAGGCCGACAUUGACGGCUUCAACUUUGCCUACACUCUCUUCCCUCAGUCCUUCAAGGACAUUAUCGAGCUGCUGCUCCCCGAGCUGAAGAAGCGCGGCCUCUUCUGGGACGACUACGCCGUUCCGGGAGGCACGUACCGCGAGAACUUUUACCGCAAGACUUCACAGACUGGGCCUCUGGAUGAGCAUGUUGCGUCGACCUUUAGGUGGAAGGCGGGCGUUUCAGCAGAGGACGCGGUUAUUCCUGAGAUUUAG